UCCUACUCACGUUGCUGCUUGUAGCUCGUAAUUCAAAGCUUAACAGCCAUGGCGACCAGCAACGGCAACGGGACCCCUGAGGUGGAGCCCUACGAGCCCAAGAACAUCCUGAUCACUGGUGGCGCGGGCUUUAUCGCUUCCCACGUCGUGAUUAGAAUCACGAAGAACUACCCGCAAUACAAGGUCGUUGUGCUGGAUAAGCUCGACUACUGCGCCAGCCUCAAGAACUUGGGCAGCGUGGCCAACCUUCCCAACUUUCGGUUCAUCAAGGGCGAUAUCCAGUCGAUGGACCUCAUCAGCUACAUCCUGAAGACGGAGGAAAUCGACACUGUAAUGCACUUCGCUGCUCAGACGCACGUCGACAACUCGUUCGGCAACAGCCUUGCGUUCACCCUGAACAACACCUAUGGCACGCACGUCCUGCUGGAGGCUGCGCGCAUGCACGGCCGCAUCCGCCGCUUCAUCAAUGUCAGCACGGAUGAGGUGUAUGGCGAGACCAGUCUGGGCAAGACCACAGGCCUGGUGGAGUCCAGCCACUUGGACCCCACCAACCCCUACUCGGCCGCCAAGGCGGGUGCCGAGCUCAUUGCGCGCGCCUACAUCACCUCCUACAAGCUGCCCGUCAUCAUCACCCGCGGCAACAACGUGUAUGGACCCCACCAGUUCCCCGAGAAGCUCAUCCCCAAGUUCACGCUGCUGGCCAACCGCGGCGCCGACCUGCCCAUCCACGGCGACGGCACCAGCGUGCGCAGCUACCUGUACGUUGAGGACGUGGCGGAGGCCUUCGACUGCGUGCUGCACAAGGGCGUCACGGGCGAGACCUACAACAUCGGCACGGAGCGCGAGCGCAGCGUCAAGGAGGUGGCCAAGGACAUUGCCAAGUUCUUCAACCUGCCGGAGAGCAAGGUGGUCAACGUGCGCGACCGCGCCUUCAACGACCGCCGCUACUACAUCGGCUCCAACAAGCUGGGCGCGCUGGGCUGGACGGAGCGGACCAGCUGGGAGGACGGGCUCAAGAAGACCAUCGAUUGGUACAUCAACCUGCCCAACCGCGACGAGUACUGGGCUGGCGACGUGGAGAUGGCGCUCAAGCCGCACCCGGUCGUCAACGCCAACGCCGCAACCGUGUCUGGGCCAUUCCUGGCCAACUAAACGCCAACUACUGCUGGGCAGGGUGUUUGGAUGUCGGCCACAUAGACUAAGGAUGGCCGACAGCGCAUAUCCCCUGCGUCAGCCCGCGUGCCGACGGCUGGCGCCAAAAGCGCCUUACCGGAGCGGGGCGGUGACGCCGGCAGACUUAUGCGUCGGAGGCGGUAGAGCAGGACUUUCCCAGGCACGGCGCAGGGCGAAACGCGUGGUAUGGAGCUCGUGCACUUCGCGUGGGCACAGCUGUGGCCCAUGUGCGGGUGCGCCAUGCGGCAUGCGAGUGAGCGCAGAGCUGGGGCUGUACAGCAGGGAUGGCUGCGAGCGCGCAGGCACGGUAGGUACAUAACGAACAUUCUUCUUGCGUGGACGUUUAGACAAGAGUGACAUGUGGCCCCUUUGACGUGAGUGCACGGCCGGACUUGGAUACCCAGAGCCGUGAUUAUUUGACCUGACCCGUAGGAUGACUAACUAGCGUGCAGGGCCGAAAUGGGGGCAGCCGGGCAGAGCUGGAGCAGUGGGUAGGUAGUUUGGGUGGAUGUCGGAGCGUGUUCAGUGGCUGGUGGGAGGAGUGAUGCUUGCAGGUUGGGAGGUAACGCAGAUGCAGGCGUGCAAUGUGUGUGGUGCGGUAUGGUGGCACAUGCCCGUAUCGCUGUGAUGAUGCGGCUUGCCACGCACGCCUGCGAGCCCCGCAUGCAUGGGAGGCUGGUGUUAUUGCCAGGCAGAGUGAUUCGAGUUCGUCUAGGCAUCAGGUCCAGGGCCCGGGCGGGGGCUGUGCAUGUUGUGAACGCACGAGAUCAGGAGUGCCCGGGAGACAGAUAGGAGGAUGCCGGGACAGGGACGUGCUCCCUGGCGCAAGGACAAAGGCAUGUAUAUACGGAGUUUCAGGGGCCAGGUGCCGCCGCUGUGAGUCUAGCUCUCCUUGGGCAUCAGCAUGCAGCUCCUGCUGCCACUGCGACGGCCGCGGUACCCAUGUGUGGCAGAAACUCGUGGGCA